GUUGCCUGAAGGCAGGCCGCGCUAGGACACUGGCUGGAGUGGGCUUGUCGUGUUGUAUUCCGUAACCAAGAACAGGAGUGCUUCGUCCUGUGCCCUGAGCUUGGGGUCAUCCAUGGAUCGCUUCGUAGUGCGGGGCUGCGCGGCGAGCCCGGCACAGCCCCAGCCCAAGGUUUACCGUCAGACUACUCUGGAGUCUUUGAAGAGAGUUGUGGUGAUUGAAGAUAUUAAAAGAUUUAAAUCCAUUCUGGAACUCCCCAAUCAAACAAAGGAAAACUUAAUUGAAGCAUUGCUGGAACUAAAGAAGAAAAUACCCUCUCAGGAAGUUCUCAUCUCAACAAAAAUAGGACACACUGUAAAUAGGAUGCGGAAAAACUCAGACCCUGAAGUUGCUGAGCUUGCUAAAGUCAUUUUUAAAACCUGGAGAGAUUUUAUAAAAGAAAAUAAAAAUAAGCCAUCCAUCGAGGUGCGAUGUGAUUCUAAGACUGAGAGUCUCAGGAGUAAUGCUCGAAAGAUGUUCACUGAAGUCUUGGAACUGGAGAAGGAACAUCCGCUGAUUGAAAACUUAGAACGAGAGGUUUUUCACCAGUGUUCCCGUUUGAUCAACAUUUCAUAUCGGAGGACAAUACGAGCUCUAAUCUUUACUUUAAAACACAAACCAGAAAUCCGAGAGCAGGUUAAAACCUACAAGUUCCCAGUGAAGCAGCUUGUUGAAAAUCACAAGAAAUGUUGACUUUUUAUUAAAGAAAUUUACGUAUAUACAUGAAUUGUGGACUUCCAGAAGGACUUUGCCUUUUUAAACUGUCACCUAAUUUUUCUUUGGAUGCAAUGGCAGAAGGAAGUGUAUAAACACUGUUAUUUAAUACCUGGAUUUGUACCAAGAUGCCAGAGCAUUCCUUUGAUCUGAUUUAUGACUAUUGGGAAAGUGACAUUGCAUUGAUCAUGCAGUUGAGUAUCUGAAAAUCCAAAAUGCGAAAACCUCUGAAAUCCAAAAUGUUUUUGAGUGUUGACAAGUUAAUGAAAAAUACUCCAUAAAGUGGAAAACGAAGAUCUGAAACGUGUAUUUAUAGAGUGGAUUCAUCGGCACCAAAAAGAACAUAAUAGUAUGCUGAUCAUGAAACAAGCAAAGAUCUAUCAUGAGGAACUGAAAAUUGAGGAUAAUUUAAUAUUCAGCAGACUGAGUUGCAGGAAUUUAAGAAAAGGCAUAGCAUUAUAUAUUUAAAGAUUUAUGCUGAUAAAGUGUCUGCUGAUCAUGAAGCAGCAGAGAAAUUCAUUGAUGAGUUUGCCAAGAUUGUCGCCGAUAAAAAUCUAAAAUGCUGAAUGGCUGCAUCUGUAUUUAUGUGUGAUGAACAAGUGUAAGGCAAAAACUGCUUACUGGUAGCACAUAAUUCAGAAUCAGAAAUGGUAUUGGUGUCAUGCUAUCUCGUUACAUAUUCCAAAAUACAGAAAAAUCCUAAACCCUUGCAGCUCCAAGCAUUUCGGACAAGGGGUACGCAACCUGUACUGUGUGUGUUUGAUAUUAAAUGCAUUUCAAUUUAGUCGAUUAGCAAAGAACAAAAAUAUUAAUGUAUCGAAAAAUCCUGUUUAAGAAUUGGGCAAAACAUAAUUAAUACACAGUAUAAUUGAAUAGCAUUGCCUGGAUAAAAUAUCUCAAAUGGUUAAUAAUAAUGUAACAUUUAGCUUCUCCUAUGAGAAGCUAUUGGAGCUGGUGAUAAUUAGUUGGGUAGAAUAAACUAUUUGUACAAAUCAUCAUGUUUUUCUCUAUCAAGGUAGUUUGAUCCAUUUAACUUUGUUCUGUUCCGUCUUAUAAUAAGGGACACAUAGCAUGUAUAAGACAUGUGACAAGAAUACACAUAGAUUAAGAUGUAGCUGUCCUGUGCUGGCACCAGUGGGAUCAGCAGUUGGUCUGCCACCUGGCUUCAGGAGAGAGAGAGAUAAGGAAAACAAUGGAGCAGCAUUUGGAGAUGUUAAUGAAGGAAGGAGAGCUGUCAAGAUCGGGACCCCCUUUGAACCCUGAACUGUUUGAAGUGAUGGACAGGCGAUACCCCAGCAGGGGAUAAAAAGGGACAGGUUCGCUAGGGCAGGACACACACACAACACCCGAGGUAACAAGACCCUGGAAGCGGUGCGUCUCUCACAAGUUGGUGGGAAGUACCGGGCCAUAGACGCACAGGGUGGAAAGACACAAUCGACGGGAACCUGGUGUGUGUCCACCCUUGCCUGGGUGCCAGGUUCACCGCAGGGAAACAAUCGUAUCUGGAAACGGAGGGGUCACGGUUGGUGACCUCAGAUGACAUCACAAAGGACUCGCCCGAAAGCUGACUGCGAAGGUCUGUGUGGAAGCCCUGAAUAUUCAUUCGUUUUGCUCUCUCUCUCCUUCCCCCCCACUGUCCAUCUCCCACGGCAGCGAUUACUGCGAACUGAACUGAAGUUUGCGUCACUUUGAAACUGGUCAUUUACCCCUAGACAAAGAUAGAGCUGAUUGAUCCUGUUACCUUAAUUCUGUGUACAUGUAUGUUUAUCAUUGCUGAACUGUUGCAUUCAUUAUCCUUUUGAUUAGAGUACUGUGUUGCUUGUUUCUUUAAUAAAACUUUCUUAGUUCUAGUAAUCCAGACUCCAACUGAGUGAUCCAUUUCUGCUGGUUUGGCAACCCAGUUACGGGGUACGUAACAUAAGUGGGGUUCUCGUCCGCGAUUUUGAACACUAAAUUUGGGACGGAGUAAAUUGAUUGGGUCAAAAUUCCCGAAAGAAAGAAAAGACAAACAGCAGAAAUGGAGGCUGAGGAAAUUAUAAAGGCGCCGACCUUGGAGGCAUUAGAGGAUGCCAGGAAAACGGAAUUGGUAGCUGUGGCCAAACGGUUGAAUCUUGCUAAGGGGAAGUCGACAAUGAGGAGAGAGGAGAUACACAGAGCUAUCGUAGAGCACUAUGUAUCUAAAGGUGUGUUUCCCCAAGACGAGCUGGAGGUGUUGUCUAUUGAAAAACCUGCUGGAGACGCAGUACAGGUGCAGCUUGAAAAGCUGAGACUCAAGCACGAGUUCCGGGUACGGCAGUUGGAGCGAGAAGAGAAGCAGAGAGAGUUCGAAAGGCAAGAGAAAGAGAAAGAGUUAGAAAGGCAGGAGAGAGAGAGAGAGAGAGAGAGAGUUGGAGAGAGACGAGAAAGAGAGGCAAUGGGAGCGAGAAGAGAGAGAGAGGCAGAGGGAAAGGGAAUUUGAGCUGGAGAAGUUAAAGAU